UUUAGGGUUACCUUGGCAUUCCUCCUGUCCAUGUGUCUGUCCCGUAUGACGUUCACGGCCGCCUGCCCACCACCCUGCCUGUGUGCCAGCGACAUCGUCUCCUGCAGUGGUCGCAAUCUGUCAACCGUUCCCACUGACCUCCCUGGCUAUGUCACCCGAUUGGACCUCAGUCACAAUGUCCUAUCUGCUCUGCUUUUGGAUUGGCCAGACCGGUGUCUGGACAGGCUGACCACGCUGGUCCUCAGUCAAAACGCCAUUACCCAUCUGGCACCGGACACCUUCGCCCCCACCCCUCACCUUCGCCACCUGGACCUCUCGUCCAAUGGGCUGUCUCGGCUCAACGCAUCUGCCUUUCAUGGGCUCGGGGAACUGGAAGUGCUGCUUCUGUUUGGAAACCGCAUCAGUCAGACCAUGGCGGGAGCCUUCAAGGGGCUGAGCAGCCUGGAAAGGCUGUAUCUGGGCGGGAACAGACUGACUGCCUUCCCCCUGGAGCUCUACCAGCGAGAUGGGGCUCUGCCAUGUCUGCGUUUCCUGGAUUUGUCGAUGAACAUGGUGAGGCAGGUGCCCGUGCAGAGCCUACUCUCUCUGGCCACCUGGCAGCAGGGUGGCAUCUAUUUGCAGGGGAACCCGUUGGUGUGCGACUGUGCCCUGCGCGCCAUGCUGGAGUACUGGGAGAGGAGGCAGUACCGUCCCCUACUAGACUUCAGGGAGGAGUAUCCAUGCAGUCUGGGUCAGGAGGAGUGGCUGAAUUGUUCUGCUAACCCUCAGGGUGGGUUCCAUGGAACUGUAGAAGUGUCUUACCAGGCAGAGCCUGGCGAUUGGCUCAUGGUGCCGUGCCCUGGCGUUUCUCUCCCCCUCCGGGAAGGGUUGAUGGUGUUCUGGCUGACCCCGGGCGAUGGAUCCCCGGCACUGGGCGUAACAGACGGUCAGAGCAGCCGCCUCACGGUCCUCACCAACGGUACCCUGGAGAUCCGAGGGGCUCUCCUGGAGGAUUCAGGGACUUACUCAUGCGUGGCAGUCCGCGGGCGACACCGGAGCUCCAACGAGACUUUGGAGGUCACCGUCUCCGUAGGUAACCCCAGCGGACUGGGCAAGAGCGGGGAGGAACGUAGCAGCGGCGGGGAGCAUUUUAACACGGCAUUUACCACGCUGGCGUCCUGUGUGGUCAGCAUCGUCCUGGUGCUCCUCUACCUGUACCUCACUCCCUGCUGUUGCCAUGGUGGAAAGGCCGGGGGCGUUGGUGGGUGCGGCGGGCGAGCCAUGCUCCUCUGUGCAGACCCCAGAGAGGUGGAACUCGCGGACAAAAGGGUCAAAGGUGGAAAGAUGGUGGCCUUCCUCGAAACGGAGGGCGAGCACCCCCACAAAUGCAGCGCAAAGCACCCAGUAAUGGACGCUGCAGCCAUAGAAGGCAUUUUGAAGAAUGGAAGCAGGGCCUUGGAGCAGGUCCUCGAAGAACACGUUGCGUAGCAUUCAGGGUGUGUCCUUCAAGCUCCACCAGGCUUUCAUUGGACUAGACUACACCAUGCAAAAUGGACUGUUUGUAACAUGGUUCUCAAAAUGCCAAAUAUUGAAACCUCGCAUUGAGAAUCCAUACAUGAAAGUAGUUUUAACACCUGUUAUUUCACAACAGUGAUCAGACUGCUUUUUAAUGUUAUACCUACUGUGUGGAUAGAUAUGGAAACAGUAGUUGGUUUCUUUAUGUCAAAGUUGUAUACAUAUGAACUUGCAGAUAAAGAAAUAGUUCAAAACAAAAUACAUUCUGUGAAACACCUGUGUGAAAUGCUUUAUGUAGGCAUUCAUGGAUCUAUAAUGUUAUUACAGGAUGCACAUGGUAUACACUGUCCAUCCAAAUGCUUACUUGCCGGCUCCUAGUCUGUCAUAAGGUGCCAUGCGCUAUUAUGAAUGAUCAUAACAGGGCGAACACUGACUGUACAUGUAUUCUUAAUGUAUUAUAUGCAGGUUGAAUGGAUGCAUUCAGACAACGAUGCCAAAGUCGACCCUGAUCAGUGUCUGGGGACUAGCCAGCUCUAGCCCCAAGCCUCCCGUGACCUAUAUACUAUUGUUGUUCUCAGUUAUUUUUGCAGGUGUGACUGUGAAUAGAGCUUUUCAAGGUAAGGAAGGGACUGAUAUGU